GAGCUGACAGUUCACAGGUUUGAACUGGGAGUCAUCUGUUUCUUUUGACAAUAACUCAGGAACAGCAAUGGACCAACACGAAUGUGAUCACUCCGGACUGUAUAUAAAGAACCAAGGUUCCAGAGAAUCAAAACUGAGAAUCAUUCUGGUGGGCAAAACAGGAACUGGCAAAAGUGCCACAGGGAACAGCAUCCUCAGGAAGCAAGCAUUUGAGUCACGGCUGGCUGCACAGCCCUUCACUAAGACUUGCAGUGAAAGCCAGGGAAGCUGGGGAGAGAGAGAGAUGGUCAUUAUUGAUACACCAGAUAUGUUUUCUGAGAAGGACAACUCUGAUUCCCUGUACAAAGAGGUGCAGAGAUGCUACUUACUCUCUGCACCAGGACCACAUGUGUUGCUCCUGGUGACCCAGCUGGGCCGAUUCACCACCCAGGACCAGCAGGUUGUGCAAAGGAUGAAGGAGAUCUUUGGAGAAGAUGUCAUGAGACACACAAUUGUCCUCUUCACCCACAAGGAAGACCUCAAAGGAGAAUCCUUGACAGAUUACAUCCACGACAUGGAUAACAAAGCCUUGUGCAAGCUGGUGGCAGCAUGCGGGGGUCGAGUGUGUGCUUUUGACAACCAUGCUACAGGGAGUGAUCGGGAUGACCAAGUGAAGGAGCUAAUGGCCUUGAUGGAAGACCUCGUAUUGGAAAGAAGGGGUGAGCACUACACCAAUGGGCUCUACGGCCUAGUAACAGAAUGUGGAUCUGUGUGGUCAAGGGAAAGGUUAAAGGCUUUCAGAAGAGAUCUUAUGAAGUACAUGGAAAAUCAGAGAUGUUACUCCACCACAGCCAAAGAAAAUUAUCUGAAACAAGCCCUAAUCAGAACCCUAGUCUUUAUUUUAGGUUUUAUUCAUUUGUUUGUCAAAUUGCUAAUUCUGUUAUUUUGUGUAUUGUAUAGAAUGUGCAUCUUGUUUUGCUGCUUUCUUUUUAGUGUAUGCUGUUUGUUCUGUAGCCUACUAUUAACGAUAGCCAAAACAUUAAUGAUAAGUUUGAAAAAGAUCACUAGACUGGAAGGCAAGACUCGUAGAUUAUAGUUACAGGUCAGCGAUUGUUUAUUCAUGGCCAGAUACUGGGUGAAUCCAACUGCCUCCCCUGUAAGACACAGUGCCUAACAUCAUUAAAUGUUUGUAAUUCUGUUGUAUUUAAAUCUUAACAUCACUCUAUUGAUGAACCAAGUUCUUUUAAAAGAUACUGUCUGUUUUGGAAUACAGUAUGAAAACCUUUUGAAGGCUAUAAACACAAGAUUCCUCUCAUUUGCAAAUCUCUAAAGCCAGUUUUAUGUUCCUGGAAACUUGUUUUCUUCUUUAUGAUACUCCUAUUUCUACUG